AUACUGGUCGGCCAGAGAAAUGCAUAUCUCUUCAUUGUUUUUGUUGACGUUCUUCCAUCUUACCUAUCGAGGUGUAAAUUUAAUUUUAAUUCUGGAUAAAAUCAACACAAUAUGAUUGUGUAUUAGAACAACAAUUGUAAUCAAUGUAAAUUGUUAGCAAGCACAUAACAGCGUGAAAUCUAGCCGAAGCAAAGUGUUUUGAAAUUACUUGUGAAAACAACACGAAGAAAGUGUGGCGUUUUCCAUUUACAUUAGUCAGAAAACAACAACAACAAAAAACUAUUUGUGUUUGAACGCUUUUGGAUCCAAUAGAGCGAGUGCGAAUCGUUUGAGCUGGUGACCAGGUCUGAGUAGAUUACUGUUACUAUGACCGUUGUGUAUCCGAGGAAAAUGCUUUCCCGUUUCCAUCCCUACCAUGGUCAAAACAUUAUCCUGUUCGACGAGAAUACAGUGGCAUACCGGAAGGCUAGUUUCGGCAAUGCGCUAACUUUCAGCGAGAAGCCGUUGCAACCUGGGGAAAUUUUUCUCCUGGAAAUCGAGAAGAAUGAACGUGGAUGGAGCGGACAUAUGAGGCUUGGUCUGACACAACUUGAUAUAAAACCCGCAUCUUCGUUGCAAUAUGCACUUCCGGAUCUGGCCAAUCUCGGAUCGAGUUGGGUGUUUCCGAUAACGCGAACCGUGGGAAACGCAGCGUCCAAAAGUAGCAUUCUAGGCGAUGGAAUCAAUGUGAAAACAUCCCGCGGUGUGUUUCCGCGAAGCUUAUUGCGACCAAUGUCCCAGGAUGGUGCCAGUGCGGAUAUUCUUCCCACGGAUACGAACUCCCGCAUCGGGAUCGUCUUUGUACCAACAGCAAACGAGGUGGACAAAGCGGAAAUGCACUUCAUCAUCAAUGGGGAGGAUCAAGGGCCUUGCACUCAGGACAUUCCAUACACCAAGGGUGCCCUCCAUGUGGUGAUAGAUGUUUAUGGCACAACUAAGCAGGUUAAGAUCAUUCAACUGUACGGAAUAUCCACGCUUCAAAGCGCGUGUCGGGAUGCUAUACUUUCUCAGGUGGCAAAGUCCGCCAUUCGUUUUCUACCGUUGCCGGAAAGCUUGAAAGAGUAUCUGCUGCAAUACGGGCCGUAGGUGGAAGCGGUAAAUUGUCGGGGUAAAUAUUUUCACAAGACUGUGGGUUCGGUGCUUGUUUUCAUUUGAAAUGCUGUAGAAAUUGUUUCAACAACGCUAUUAUUCCUUUCAAUAGUGUAUUUUUCAUUAUUCUGCGUCGAAUCUGUGUCCUCUUGUUUAAUUGUAAUCUAGGACUUACUGAUUUAGUGUUCUGUUGAACGUUGUUUUCUGUUGUGCAAGGAUUUGUGUAUAAUAGUUAUAAUUAAUCGACAAGGGACUAUUUUAUUUCCUUUGUGCCCGAGAAGUGUAUAACGCAAAAAAAAUGAAACAGAGCUAUGUAUAACAUGUAUCCUAAAGUUCUAACAUGAUGGGUCGUUCGUUUGUUUGGCGAUGGCGACAAAUUGAGUUAGAACUUUACGAAUUAGGAUUAGGAAGGAUAAUAUAUGUAAAUUGAAUGAUA